AAGGAAGAUCUAGCAGUAAACGAAAGCUCAACUCUGUACAUCUGAAACAAUUGUAAUUAUGGAAAUUGUGCGUUGUGACACACAUGGAACUACUUGUCUAUUGAAAACUGGUACCAGAGAUGGGCCAAACAAGGGCAAAUCGUUUUACAUCUGUGCAGCUCGUCAGGAUCCUCCUUGUGAUUUCACCCACCCAGCAGACAUCCCACCCUCUCACUGUUUACACCAUGAAGACUCUGUAGUUGAACUCCAGGCUCUCAUUAAGUCUGUUGACAAAUCUCAGCGGUACAGGUUGUACUUCCGCUGUGCGCUGGGAAAGAAGGAAGGGCAGAAGUGGUGCGAUAGUGUUCCCUGGAGUUCUAAAGAACCAGAGAAAAGGAGUCCUCUGACAGACAAACAGCUACAGGCCUCCAGCCUUCCUCCCGUUAGGAACCCCUUCAAAGCCCCCAGCAAAACGGACCAGACAUCCGAGUGGAGGAAGCUGCAGCAGCCGGAGGGGAAGGAGGGGGACGCAAGGAGCCAAGAGCAGGAGAACCAAGUCCCAGAGAAGAACCAAGACGGAGAACGCCACGGCAGCAGCGGAGAAGGGGGUGGUGGUUGCCAUCGCGAGAGGGAACAAGAGCGAGGCUGUGGAGGUGGAAGGGAGGAAUCUGGGGGGGCGGCUGAGAAAGAGGGGCUCAGCAAUGGAGAGACCUGGAGGGCCAAACCACUGCCUGCAGGGAUGAAGAUAAAGAAGAGCAUGUGUGGAGAGGAGGAAGAGAAGAAGAAGAAGAAUGACAGCAACAGAACCACCGGAGGAGGAGAAGAAGUAGAGGAAGAAGAGGGCAGUCUGGAGAGAAGUAAAACUGCCCCCACCAACAAGAGAAGCACUACAGAAGGGAAGAAGUCUGCGAAAGCACUCAGUCCCAGCCCUAAACCUGCCAGUGAGCAGACCACAGAGGAUCGGUCUGGAGCAGUCUCACCUCACGAAUCUGGCCUACACAGAGACAAAGACAAGAAGUGGCAUGCUGGGAAAUGUCGCACCUCAGACUCAGACAGCCAACACAGGACGUGCAGCAGCGUGGACACGACCACUGAAGCACCCAGACAUCCUCACUCGGCCAGCAGCAGCAGCAGCAGUGGCGGCUCUAGUGUGGAGGAGACUCCGACGGCGUCCAGCGGGACACCAGACAGUUUUGCCUCCAUCGCCGCUCUAGCAGCCCAGAACAAUCCCAGCUCAGCAGCAGAGAGGCACCAGGAGGCCCACAAGACUCCACGGGACCAAUCUCAGAGACGGAGCCCAGUAGAGCUGAACGGUGAUGACGAUGAUGAUGAUGAUGAAGAGGAGGAGGAAAGGGAGGAUGGCAGUGGUGAUGACGAUGAUGAUGUCCAGUUGGUUUCGGUGCAGCCCGGGCCAAAGAAGACCUCCCCUGUCCCCCCAGGCGCUCCCAUGCAGAAGACUCUCACCUCGUACUUCCUGUCCGCCUCCAAGCUGAAGCUGCACAGCCAGCUCAGUGCCCAGCUCAAGCAGAAGAAGGCCACCCUGUCCAUGGUGAACGUGUCGGCGCUGCCUGAUAAGGGCCAGAGGCUGAGGAGUCAGGUGAAGGAGCUAGAGGACACGCUGACCUCGCUGAGUCUCACUCCUCUCACAGAGUCUGAGUCCCAGGAGGAGACUAAGGAGGAGCAGAAGCCGUCUCCCGUGCCUAGCCCGUCCAACCCCUUCAGCCGCCCGGGCGGAACCAUCCUGCUCCCCGACGUCCCGGCCCCGACCCUCUACGAGGCCCCACAGUCGGCCAGCUCUCUGUCGAUGGGGCUCAGCCAGGGCUACACUCAGAUGUUCGGAGUGGACCCCCAGAGUCACACUUUCUACGGGGGUAGGAUGACCGACAGUCGUCUGAUGGCCAUCCGCAACGCCACCACCGAGACCAUCGACCACCUGCACAAGUCCCUGGAGACCUGCCCCGGCCCAGACACAGAGGCCAAAGACCCCAAAGGCAUCAAGGUGCAGUUACUUCCUCAUCAGAGACGGGCUCUUGCCUGGCUGCUGUGGAGAGAAGACCAGAAGCCAUGCGGAGGAAUUCUGGCGGAUGACAUGGGUCUGGGAAAGACGCUCACCAUGAUCGCUCUAAUCCUGGCUCAGAAGAAGCCAAAGGACGAGAAGGACCCAAAACUGGAGGGGUGGAUCUCCAAACAUGACUCCUCUCUGGUGGUGUCCCAGGGCACUCUGAUCAUCUGCCCCGCCUCGCUGGUGCACCACUGGAAGAAUGAGGUGGAGAGGCACAUCAAGAGCAGCCGCCUCAGCGUCUACCUCUACCACGGGCCCAACCGCCAGAGAAACGCCAAACUACUGGCAGACUAUGAUGUGGUGGUCACCACCUACAAUCUGGUCUCCAAGGAGAUCCCCGUGCAGAAGGAAGACGCUGAGAGGCCAAGUCAGGACGCUGACCAAUCAGGAGCGAACCUGCCUCCACUGCUGCGCGUGGCCUGGGCCCGAGUGAUCCUGGACGAGGCCCACAACAUCAAGAACCCCAAGGUGCAGACCUCCAUGGCCGUGUGCAAGCUGAGGGCGCGGGCCCGCUGGGCCGUCACCGGAACUCCCAUCCAGAACAACCUGCUGGACAUGUACUCACUGCUCAAGUUCAUGAGAUGUUCUCCCUUUGACGAGUACAAGCUGUGGAAGGCUCAGGUAGAUAAUGGCUCCAAGAGGGGUGGGGAGAGGCUCAACAUCCUGACCCAGGCCCUGCUGCUGCGCCGGACCAAAGACCAGCAGGACUCCACCGGCAAACCACUGGUGGAUCUGCCUGACCGCAGCUGUGAGGUGCACCGCGUGAAGCUGUCUGAGGAUGAGCAGUCUGUUUACGACGUGGUGUUCGCCCGAUCCAAGUACGUCAUCUCACUUUCACUGACCCUAUUAAUUUCGCACAACUGACUCACAAACACAGAGAGAAAUAGCCCUGGCUCUUCUGUGGCAAAUGAGUUUGGCGUGUCCCAGCAGGGGGCGCUAUCCUCGUCCCAGCAGCAGCAGCCCCAGGCCUCCAGUGCCGUCCACAUCCUCUCCCUGCUGCUCAGACUCAGACAGUGCUGCUGCCACCUGUCCCUGCUCAAAAAGACUCUGGACCAAUCAGAGCUGCAGGGCGACGGCGUCACCCUGUCCUUGGAGGAGCAGCUGAAUGCCCUGUCCCUCGGCGGCGAGCCGCCUGACCCCAGUGCCGACCUCAAGGACACCGUCUGCCUCAACGGCUCCCGAUUCCGCUCCGAGCUCUUCGAGGACACCCGCGGGAGCACCAAGCUCUCUGCUGUCCUCACUGAACUCAAGGAGAUCAGGAGGAAAGAUCAGAAAAGUGUGAUAGUGUCUCAGUGGACUAGCAUGCUGCGCAUCGUUGCGGUGCACCUGAAGAGCAUGGGGCUGACGUUCGGUGUGAUCGACGGAACAGUCAACAUUAAACAUCGCAUGGACCUGGUGGAGGAGUUUAACACCAACCCCAAGGGACCACAGGUGAUGCUGGUGUCCCUAUGUGCUGGUGGGGUAGGCCUUAACCUGGUUGGUGGGAAUCAUCUCUUUCUCAUCGAUAUGCACUGGAACCCUGCCUUAGAGGACCAGGCCUGUGACCGCAUCUACAGGGUGGGCCAACAUCGCGACGUCACCAUUCACAAGUUCAUCUGUGAGGGCACAGUGGAGGACAAGAUCUCCUCCCUCCAGGAGAAGAAGAAGGAGCUGGCUCAGAAGGUGCUGACGGGCACUGGGUCCACCUUUACCAAGCUCUCCCUUGCUGACCUCAGGGUCAUCUUCGGUGUCUAGGCACCAGCAAGAUGCUAAAGCAGCUACUGCACCAGGGUUUAGGUAUUGGCCAUAUUGGAUUUACUUGAAAGUGUUCAGCAACCUAUACAAAUGUCAUGUGGGUGUGGGCAGUCAUAAAUAUAUAAAUAUAUUACUAUUACUAAUAUAUUAACACAUAAAUAUAUUACUAUUACUAAUAUUGCUUCCACUUGAAAAUCAACACAAUAUACACAAUUAUCAAUCAAUCUAUCGUGCCUCUGGUUGGCUCGCCAGAAAGUGGUCUAUGCUGCCAUAUAUCAGUGAAACAUGAUAUUGUGCUGAAUCUUUAGGUAUUUAUUUUAUGGUCAAAACUACAAGUUUAAGCAACAUGUAUGUAUGACCUUAACUGUGUCUACAAGGGUAGUUACCAUGGUAGUUACUUGAACGGUUGAGAAAUGCUACUAGUUAAAAAAACUUGAUUGUAUGCUAGGCUUGAGUCAUUGUAACCAGUUAUUUUAUUUCCACAAAAUGUCACACACAUGCAAGGGAAAUCACUCCUCAUACAACACUAAUUGACAAUAUAGUGAUAUUUUUUAACUCUGCAAGGCAAUAACUAUUGAUGGCUUUUUUUAUUCCUUUACUGUAAGAUGUAGCUUUCUGUAGAGUCACUAUUCUAUUGUAUGGGACAGACAAAGGUUGAUAUAACUGUUACAAAAUCAGGGCAAAAUGCUGAAGUUGAAUGUUUUCAGACAGUAACGGUGGCUGGGAUAGGUAAAUGUGCCUUUGCCUUAAGGGGAUUUUUGUUUUUACCAUUAUGUUCCCAUUUUUGUUAUGUCAUGUAACAACAUUUGAGUCUGGUCAUGUCAGAGUAAGUUCUUGGCAUCACAUUAUGUAUGAUCAGAUUAUCAGCACUUCUAUUUGUCAACGACCUGAAUUGCCUUUCUGUUUUAUUGCUUGUUUAUGUUUUCUUUGUGGUGUUCAUGUAUAUGUUUGUCUCUGGAAGUUAACUUGCUUUGUCUUUUAUUUUGUCAACAAUAAAAUAUUGUACAUGUACAAUCCA